GGUAAAUUUUCUUUGACUUCUAUAUUGUUCACUACUCUUAAAAAGAACUUAUCUACAAAGCCUACCAUGAUAUCGACAAAUCUUUUGUGAGUAGUUAAUUAUUAUCUCUAAGUUAUCAAUCGGUAUUAUCUACCGAAAUUAUUCUGAAAAUGUAGCUUCAUCGAAGACAGUACGUACAUCAACUCAGUUAAUUUACGUCUAUUUGAAUGCGAAUGUUUUACUCUUAAUCCUGAUUAUUGUCACCCUCUCUAGGAAUAGUCAAAAACGAAUUGUGUUUUGAUUCGUUUCAAGACAAUGAUACAAAGAUGGGGAAGAUGCUCGCCAUCAAUGCUUCAAUGUCGGUGAGCAAAUUGUAAAUGGUCGUCUGUCUCGCAUGGACAUUGGAGAGUGUCCAAAAAUACACGAUAAUGCAUUAAGAGCAGAUUUUGAAAAAGCUCAACAGAAGUUUGAUCAUUAUUAUGAUGUGGAUGCUACUGAACAUUUACAAGCGUUUAUUAGUGAUUGUGACCGCAGGACUGAAGCAGCUCGAAAACGACUAUUAGAAACUCAGGAAGAACUUACUGCUGAAGUAGCUGAAAAAGCCAAUGCUGUUCAUGAGUUAGCUGAGAAGAUAGGACAAACAUUGGCCAAAGCUGAAGAAUUGGGUGCCCAAGGUUUAGUUGAUGAAAGUCUCAAGUUGAUGGGAGAAAUUGAAGAUCUACGUAAAAAAAAAUCAGAAGCAGAAGAUACUUAUAGAAAUUCUAUGCCUGUUAGCAGUUAUCAACAGCAAAAAUUAAGAGUGUGUGAUGUAUGUUCAGCUUAUUUAGGUAUUCAUGAUAACGAUCGAAGAUUAGCUGACCAUUUUGGAGGAAAAUUACAUUUAGGUUUUAUUAAAAUAAGAGAAAAACUAUCAGAACUUGAAAAAAAUUAUGAAGAAAGACAUGAAGCUCGGCGUAAAUUUGAUGAACAAGAGCGUUGUAAACGAGAUGACAAAAGAAGUCACCGGUCUAGAAGUGGUGAUCGAAAUGAACGUCACCGACGGUCUAGGUCACGUAGCCGCCACAGUAGACAUCGUUCACGUAGUCGUAGUCGCAGUCGAACCCACAAACAUGACAGAAGAGAUCGAGAUAGACGUCGCCACUAAUAAUAAAAUAUAUUGUUUCAUUUCAAUGAUACAUAAAUAUUUUUUUUAAAACAUUGAUUUUGACAUAUUUAUUAUUUUAUUAAUAAGAUGAAAAUAAAACCAGUUAAAUUAAUUUAUACUAAUAGUAGAAGAAAUUUAAAAACAUUAAUUCCGCUUGAUUAAAAAAAUAAUUAUGUCUUUAGAAAUUACAUAUUUCC